AAGAAAAUGGAGCACCCGCGUCUCAUCCUUCGGAAUUUCCUUUCACCCGAAAUCUGCAAGGAAAUGGAGUUCAUACACAAAAGCUGUAGCACAGUUGGGUACAGACCCAAUGUAUUCUCCACCACUCUCUCUCAUCUUAUUGCCGCCAACUCUGCCCAUCUCAUCUUGCCCAUUAUCCCCAUCCGAGAGAGGUUGAAGGAGAAAGUUGAGGAACAUUUCGGAUGCGAGUACGAAUUGUUUGUGGAGUUCACCGGACUCAUCAGCUGGUGCAGGGGAGCUAGCAUUGGAUGGCACAGUGACGAUAACAGAGAUUAUCUCAAACAACGGGAUUUUGCGGCAGUUUGCUACUUAAACAGUUACGAGGUGGAUUUCAAUGGAGGUCUGUUUCAUUUCAAGGAUGGGGAACCCUUGACCAUUGCACCCAUGGCUGGUGAUGUUAUAAUAUACACGGCAGACGACAGAAAUAUUCAUUCGGUUAGCGAGAUCCUUAAAGGAGAAAGAAGUACCCUUACAUUGUGGUUCACCCGUAAUUCAUCACACGACGAGGAUGCUAAACUUCUAACAUCUCUCUCCGAUUAUUCCCUGAACACCCCUAUACACUCGAUGGAAUCUUUCUUUCCUGUGCUGGCAUCAUAUAACAUGUACUGGUUUCCUCCCGAAGAAGCCUCAAAAUUCGAGUCGGGGUUCGAUAUAUGCUCUGCAAGAUUACAUGUUCUUGGAUUCAAUAUCUUACCCUCCGGUGAAGAAUUUCAUUUAUCGACGCAGCAAAAUUCAUCCAACUUUUUGAAAUUAUUGGAGGAGCCGUUAUAUUUGGUGUGUGGAGAUGAGUUGCUCGAACGGGAAUUUGUCAACGUACUCCAUGCACUUCAGGUGGUGCAGUUUCACCAUUGGAAGGCAGAUGAUCUAAAGAAAGCAUCUACUGACAUAGUACCUUUGUCUGAAUUGCAGCGAAAGAAAAUGAAUUGCAUGAAAGUUUUGCUUGUGAAGGAUCGUCGACUCGCCGAGUCAAUUUUUGGAGAUAUAAGUGGCAAGUGCUCGAAAAUGUCGUUUGACGAGUUUAGAUUUUCUGAUGUAGUUUCUGAGUGGGAAGUGUAUAGUUUUAGGUUGCUAGAAGAAAUGGUGAUGAGCUUACCACAUUGGAGAACACAUCAAUCUAUUUUCACUGUAAACAAUCUUGUCUGAAAAUAUGGUUUUAGUUUUCUAAGUUUCAUACAGCCGCUCUUUGCUUUCAACUGAAAAGUUAACCAUCUUUCUAAUUUUAAGAAUACUAUUCCAUAUA